AUGACUUAAUUGUAGCAAAUGGACAGUAGAUUAGUUUCAGAGUUCUAGAACGAUUUAAAGAAAUCUUAGAGUGAUAUGAAAAAUACACAAUGUCACAAAAUAUUAGAAGAAAAAGGGAAAAAGUAUAUGAAGAUUAAAUUAAACACUAAACAAUAACUCUAUUGUAUGGUGUAAAAGUAGGGGAUGAAAAUAAAAGAUGUAUAAUAGAAAAGUUUAUGAGUUGUUUAGGCAGCCUUAAUAUUGGGUAUUAAAUACGCAACAGCUAAGACUAUAAUAUUUCACCAGAGAUAGAAGAGAAAAGCAAAAAGGAAAUGUGGUGAGAGAAUGUGUGGAUAUACUGAAAAAUAUGGAUAAAGAAUUACAAGAUUAUAAAUCAUUAACAUAAUUGGAAAUGAAGUUGUGCAUCAAUAAGAUUACAUUUUGUGA